AUGCCACAGUCAGAAGAACGUUGUUGCGUGAAAGGUUGUGCGGGUGCCAGUCAAUCAGGUAGCAAUGAUGCUCUAUCUUUUCACCAGAUACCUGUAGCUAAUAAGAAUCAAGUGCUGAGAAAUAAUUUGUUUGGGAAAGCAGAAAAAAUUGACAUACGAAAACAAUGGUUAAAAAUUUUAAAAAUAAAAAAUCCAUAUCCUAGGUUAAGAGUAUGCUCACAUCAUUUUAAAGAGACUGAUUAUUUUUUACCUGGUGUUGAAACUCGUCGUAAAACCUUAUUAAAGACAGCAGUGCCAUCGGUUAAUCUACCUAUGUCUGAAAAAGAGAAAGAAAAUGCACAAAGAAACAAAAAUGAAUUUUCAAAGAAGGAUCAACCAGUGACUGUGAAUCAGAAUACAGAACAAUUAGUAGUAAAUAAUAAAGAAUUUAAUAUAAGUGAUGAAAAUUAUUGUAAUCAAGAGCUGAAAAAUGAUAAUCUUGAUAAUAUGAAUAGAGAUUUGGAAGAAGAUAUCGUCUUAUCAUUAAUCAACGAACAGAACUCGAAUGAAAAGAUGUCUACAGCCACUGGCAUUCCAACCAUAAAGUCCCUCGAUACAAUUAUAGCAUUGAUUAAAGAAAUCCAUAAAAACAUAUAUGACAGUCCUAAUUUAACAACUCGUGACAAAGUGAUACUGACUUAUAUGACGUUAAAGCACAAUAUGUCUUACAGAUUAUUAGCUCUUAUUUUUAAUGUGAACGCUCAAAAAUUUGAGAAAAUAUUUAAAUUGAUUAUAAAGAUUUUAAACAAUAUCCUAGCUACUGCUAUUUCAUGGCCAUCCAGAGAAGAAAUUUCUAAAAAUUUACCAAUGUGCUUUGAAGGCUUUGAAAACACUCGAGUGGUGCUCGACUGUGUGUCACCAGCAGGGCUUAUUACAUUUGUAAGUCCUGCAUAUGGAGGAAGGGCCAGCGACACAGCUAUAUUCAGCAACAGCAAAUUAAUAAAUUUGUUAGAACCAGGUGAUGGUGUGAUGGUGGACAGAGGAUUUUUAAUCGAUGAGCUGUGCCAUAAAAAUAGGUGGAAACUUAUUCGACCGCCCUUUUUACAUGAAAAGAAACAAUUUACAGAAAAUGAAUCUAUUCUUACGUCAAAAAUAGCUGCAGCUCGAAUACAUUGUGAACGAGCAAAUCAGCGAAUCAAAACUUGGGCUAUUCUAGGUUCUAAAAUGCCUGCUGCUUUAGUAUAUUUAGCAGAUGAAAUAAUGAAUGUUAUAUGUGCUACAGUUAAUCUUAGUAAUGCUUUAUUGAAUGAUGACAAGUUCAUGAAAAUAUAA